CCGACCGAUUGUUCUCGGGCUUUCUUCCCUUCUUUGGUCGGAGAGAUGGCGGACGCGACGGCUGCGCCGGCUGCGCCGGCGAAGGAGGAGGCGGCGGAGGAGAAGACGGUGAUGGUGGUGGGGAUCGACGACAGUGAGCACAGCUACUACGCCCUGGAGUGGACCCUCGAGCACUUCUUCUCCCCCAAAGUUCGCGGCCCGAACCCGGCCUUUAGGCUCGUCAUCGUCCACGCCAAGCCCUCCCCCUCCUCCGUCGUUUCCCUCGCCGGCCCUGGUGCGGCGGACGUGCUGCCGUUUGUGGAUGCGGAUCUCCGGAAGAGCGCGGCGAGGAUCGUGGAGAAGGCUAGGGAGGACUGCGUGGCCAAAUCGGUGAGCGCACUGUUUGAAGUGGUGGAAGGAGAUGCAAGGAAUGUUCUCUGUGAGGCAGUAGAAAAGCAUCAUGCUGAUAUGUUGGUUGUGGGCAACCAUGGGUAUGGAGCAAUAAAAAGGGCAGUUUUGGGUAGUGUGAGUGAUUACUGUGCUCAUCAUGCUCACUGCACCGUGAUGAUAGUGAAGAAACCCAAGUCAAAGCAAAAGUGAUUUAGCCGACAAGCUGGCGAUGCAGUCUCCAUCACCGUGUAUCCAAUAAAAUUCCUACGUAUUAGCAAGUUACACAUGCGCGACCUAUGCAUUAUAUAUCUGAUGCUUCUGCGAUGCUCUUUAUAUAUGUAGCACUGUUUGUGAGUUGAAUCAAGUUCAUCAUUUUAUCCCUUCUUAAAUUUUCUUUUCACUUGGACAUUGUACUUGUUGUUAGUGAACUUUGGUGCUUGCUAUGCGAGAAAACUGGGUGUUUGUUCC